AUGCUCUCCCGAUUCCCCUGGAAGACCCCAAUCUACCAGAAUACAGGCUCUACGGCUCGGGACCACCUAGCCAGCGAGCGCACGUUUCUGGCAUGGCUCCGGACAGGGCUUGGCUUCAUAGCACUGGGCAUCGCCAUCGAGCGGUUUUCCCAGCUCGACCUCAAGGAGCUGCUGGAGCCCCUCCGACCACCCCGGCCGCAAGAUCGGAACGCGAAGAGGGAGCCUGCCGAUAUCGACGAUGAGCCGCCGAAGGAACAGUCGCAAGUCAUCGUGGGCACCCUGAUGGCCCUUGGUUCCGGGUCAAUAGUCUACGGGACGGCGCGGUACUUUUCAAACCUAAAACUGCUGGAGAAGGGCCUUUUCAAGCCUGCUUACCACGGUUCCGCCUUCCUUGCCGCCUCUGUCGCGGGUCUGGCUGGUGGUGUCUAUGGGAGCUCGAUAUCGAGGCGAUGGCGGGAGCAGCGUGAGCGUGAAGACAGGAAGGAUUCUUGGUGA